AAGGAGCCGACGCAAGCCGACGUAACGCUUGCGUCGGCAGCUGGCAGCAGUCGUACAUUUGGUGCGGCGUUCCCCGCAUUCUACCGGUGCUCGCGCUUCGGUUUGGUUCGCCUCUCCUUGUCUCACUUUUGUCAUACCUGCCUUCGUCGUCUCCACUUUUUUGACUUAUCGUGAAGCAACGCGCUUCUCUCAGGCAACGUGGGUGAACACGCGCCGAUAUUGUCGCGUGUGCCGCCGCGUGGAUGAAAAUGCCGCGCAAGAGAGCAUCCACGCUACACGAGACAUCCGCUGAACGCAGAAACGUUGCUAAAAGUCCAAGGUGAUCUUUAUGUACAACAGAUUCGUUUUUUCUCUGUUCAAAUAUCAAAAGCUCCACGCAAGGAAUGGAAGAAUCUCAAAGAUAUGAGGAUAUGAUCCGAGGAUCCGAUAUGUACACGGAACAGUCACCGUGCAGUUUACGAAAAUUGGGAGAUAUGAUUCCAGCACGUGUCGUGCUGUACAUGCUUUCGUUUUCCGGAUUCCUCGUAUCUUUCAUGAUGAGAACGGACAUUAAUAUCGCUAUGGUGGCUAUGGCGAAGUUGCCGUCAACAUCAGACAAUGAAACCGCCGUGGUAACAUCUCAGUGCUACACAAUAUCAAAUACAUCAUAUUUAGAGAACACUACUGUAAUCAGACCAGAGGACGCUGGCGAGUUCGAGUGGAGUCCAACUAUUCAAUCAACCAUUCUUAGUUCCUUUUAUUGGUGUUAUAUACUUUCGCAAAUGCUCGGCGGUGUUCUCACUCAGUAUUUCGGAACUAAAAUCAUAUUCGGCGGAUCUCAAGCCAUCACUGCCGUCUGCAGUCUGCUUAUGCCGACUGCCGCAGAGAUCCAUUAUGGGGCUAUAAUAGCGUUACGUAGUAUACAGGGCUUUGCCAGUGGACUCACGUGGCCCGCGAUGUACGCCGUAAUCGGACACUGGAUUCCACCCGUGGAACGCUCACGCUUCAUGUCUUCCUUUCAAGGGUUCAGCAUCGGCAUUGGAUUGACCUAUCCGUUGUGCGCGUUCAUCAUCGCUCACUUCGGAUGGAGGAUUGUGUUCUACACGACUGGCACUAUCAGUCUCGUCUGGUGUAUCUUUUGGUAUCUUUGCGCCUUCGACACACCUGCUUUGCAUCCUCGAAUAUCUAAGCCGGAACUUCAAUACAUUCAGGAAUGCGUUAGAAAUCAAGUUAUCGGAGCAGACGAGGAUCUGCCCGUUCCUUGGAAAUCUAUACUCACGUCUUGGUCAGCGUGGGCUAUCGGUAUUACAACCUUCGGAAGAAUAUGGAUACAUUAUGUCUUUAUCAUUCCCGGCCCGAUGUAUAUGAAAACGGUAUUAGGAUUCAGUAUACAAACGAAUGGUAUUCUGUCAGGUGCACCAUUUAUCUGUAGCUACUUAAGCUCCGUUGUAUUCUGCUACAUUGCGGAUCUCCUAGUCACGCGGCAAAUCAUGACUUUAAUCACUGUGCGCAAGAUAUUUACUGCACUAUCUCAAGUGGUUCCCGGAAUUCUUGUGGUCUUAAUUGGAUACUUGGGCUGCGAUGUUAUCCUGGUUUUGAUCGUGUGGUUUAUAGCUGUUACUCUCAUAACAGCCGGUUACGCGGGCGCAAUGGCCAACAUCGUCGACAUCGCACCCAAUUUUGCUGGACCAGUGUUAGCGUUCGCGCAGACAAUUCACAUGACCGCCAGUUUCCUAUCUCCUAUAGCAGCUGGUCUGCUCACACAAGAAAGCCAAUCUCUCGAUUCGUGGAGAAGAGUAUUUGCCGUUACUGCGGGUGUAUCUUGCAGUACAUAUAUUGCCUAUCAAAUAUUUGGUACAGCGGACAUACAGGCGUGGAACUAUCCUGAUCAAAAAUAUCCUCAAUCUAUUCAAGAAGAAUGCCUAUUAAAUGAUUCGUCAAAGAAAAAGAGCAAGAUUGUUCCGAGCCGAAAGAAUCCGUCAGAAUAAGCGCGAUGUAUCUUUAUUUCGGUUUCUUACUUUCCUGCUGUUGCCAUUCCUUAUAUUGAAACUUAAGUCUUUUAACACGCAAAAUACAGUCGAAUAUAUGUACGAAAAA